CAAACCUGGAGCUUUACGGAUUGCGCCGAUGCGCAAUAACGCAGCGAUGUAUGCAUCUGCAGCCUCAUGCGACAACUCAUGAAUAUAUAUAUAUAUAUGUAUAACAUUGUAACCCUUGUCUACUUGUUCUUACUUUGAAACUCAUCAAUCAACCCCAUUACUAACCUAACCUUUAGUCACUCAUUUUCUCUUUUAUUUCAAUAAAGCCUAUUGCCUCUUUGGUUCCCAAAUCUCACAAGAACCCUAACCGAUCUCAACAAUCUCAUAUCAGAACUGAGAAGUCCUAAAUGAUUUGUCAGUUGGUUCAUGGGAACCUUAUGGCAGUCUAUACGUGGAACUACUGCGACUGCAAUCACGAUUGUCAUGGAUAAAGAAUACGAUCACGAUAGGGGCGGCACACAGUGCAAUGACUUGGAAAGCCGUCCAUGGUCUAAACGCCCGCCACAGCGGAGUGCUACAAACUCCAGGACAAAUCAAGCAGAACAGACCUAUAUCAACGAUGAACAGCAUGUUCCCUCCCCUCUUCUCUCCACCCGACUCACCAUGUCAAUGUGUAGAAGUCUUGACUCUAAAUCAAGAUCCUUUCUACCAUCAAAUCAGAUCGAUACUAUAACGCCACCACUAGUAAAGGAAGAGCUCAAUCGAGCUAUGCCAACACUCCCCGAAUCUGUCCUCCACAACUAUACCGCUCAGAUUUUGGGUAUCACCAUCGACGAUGUUGCUGGUCAGGAAAAAGACUCCCGGGAGUCAAGCCUGGAGUUACAAGUACCAGAGGCUCGACUUCUAAAAACGUUUAUAACCCUGGUUCUCAUUGGCAAAGUUGAAACGAUCCCAUUAUUUAUUGUCUGCGGAUUUACGGAUUCCUUGCUCCCAAUCGGCCAUGCUCACUUCCAGAAUGAAAAAGCAUCCCGAUAUCACCACUCAUCACUAGUAUUACUAGUCACACGGUGUUUCGACAAGUGGAAAAUGUCUAGUAUCGACGCCUUUAUAAAGACUCAAUGGGUAGUCCUGUCCCCAUUUCUCAGCGCACCAACAGCAGAUGUCUCUCUCUACGAUUUCUCCGCGCAAACUAUCCUCCCCAUUUUCGACGAUGACGCCGCAGCCACGUCCUCCAUCAAAAUCGGUGGCUACAGUACUGUUCGAAAAGUCAAAAUCCAUCAUCGACAUCGCGAUUUUGGGGACAAUCGGGACAAUACAUACUUCGCUCUGAAAAAACUACGCUCCCAACAAAUUGAAGACUUUCAGCGCGAAGUAGCCGCUCUAAGGCCAUUCGUGAUCUCCCCACACCCACACGUUGUUAAACUUCUAGCAGCGUUCCGGCACGAAAGUUCGUUCUACCUGCUCUUCCCAUGGGCUGAAGGGGGAAGUUUGUACUCUUUCUGGAAAGAUAACCCAAACCCAAUCCUAGAUGCGUCUCUCUCAAGAUGGGUCUCAGAACAAUGUCUUGGAAUUGUCACUGCCCUGUGUCAAAUCCAUCAUGGCCAUUCUACACUCAAGGCAGGUUCAUCGCACUACGGGCGACAUGGAGAUAUAAAGCCUGCGAAUAUUCUUCUAUUCCAAAAGAAUAUUCGUAGUAAAAAUCUCGUUUGGACGCUCGGUGACUUUGGUCUUGGUAUACUAAACCGCCAGAUGGAAAGAAACAGAGGUGACCACCCUAUCGGAUUCUCGCCCACUUAUAGGGCCCCGGAACUUGACAUAAAAGGGACAAUUGACAGCGCCUACGAUGUUUGGUCCCUUGGAUGCGUCCUCCUUGAGAUUCUCACUUGGAUGCUUUGCGGGUGGGAAGGGGUCAAGUCUUUCGCGCUCUCUCGAGUCGACGUAGACCAACGAACCGAUAAAGCGAGGGAUAGAGACGACGGGUUCUUUAGGAUUGUCUCAAGACAAGGAGGUCCACCAGAUGCACAGCUCAAAACCAACGUUGUUCUAUGGGUCAAUAAUCUCAUCGCGGCAAAGGCAGCAAGUCCUUAUAUUACAGACUUGGUGAAUCUCACACGAAAUGACCUGCUCGAUACUGACAGGGAAACAAGAGCCAGCAUCUCGCGAGUGGUGGAGAAACUUCAAUGUCUUCGACAGAGAUGUUUAGAGGACCCAACGUACACGGUAGCUAUUCCGCGGCCUCGCAAACCGCCGUGGCCAACCCGAAAGCUCACAAGCCUUCACCAAAACAACUCUUCAGUAUUGAAAAGCAAAACCCAACCAACCAUUUUCAAGAUGGACCAACUACCAAGCCAAGGUAAUUUUUGGACCAACUUCGGUGAAUCUUGUGGCGGAGAUGAUGAUGUUGCAUUGUUCAAUUUUUCUCCAAACGAUAUGAUGCCUACAGAGGGUGUAUCGGGUGGCCGUCAGUUCGGCGUACUACCUCAUCGACACAUCCUCCCUAAGGAGCAGACUUCUCCUACUCAAAGUAUUCUCGGGGAUCUAAAAAGCCGGAGACGAGUCUCCGACGAUAUGACCGGCCACGACAACAUGAGCCACGAGCCGAAAAAGAAAAAAGUGCGUAAAAAAGGGGGUACACUAACGCAGAAUAUUUCCAAGGAUAAACCACCAGAUAUUCUGGAGCAUAACCUAUUUCAAGCAAGCGGCUAUGAAGUCGUAGAACGGUCGGGACCUGAUGUAGAAGGGAAGCUAUUCGCCUGUCCAUUCUACAAACGAAAUCCAGGGAAAUAUAACACGAAAGCUUGGAAAGCGUGCACCAUACCCGAAGGUCGAACGAUAAAUAGAUUGAAAGAGCAUAUAUACCGCAACCACUGUUCCGCCCGCCAUCGGUGCGAUCGUUGCUUGGACGAGUUUGAAAAUAUGUACGAUCUCCAACAACACCGUCGUUCGGAGACACCUUGUCUAAUACGAGAUUCUCAUAACUGUAUCGACACUAUUGAUGAGACACAGAAAGGCGAGAUCCGGAGGAAACAGCGUGGGAUAUCAGAGGAGGAGAAGUGGAAGAAAAUAUAUAGGAUCAUAUUCAAACUAGAUCCGACUUCCGAGGUCCCAUCACCUUACUGCGACGCGAUUGAAAAGGAAUCUGGAAUAGGAGAUGAUCAAGACGGCACUGACACACUUGCCAAAUUCGAGGCUUUCCUCCAUCAUCUAGCAGAUAAUGAUCGCCGGAACGCGUCUGAAAUCAACGGCUGCCUCGACCUCGUCAAGCGCUUUCGUCGAGAACAUGCGCAAGAUAAGCCAGUAGAGAACGUAUUAUCCGAGAUGCCGCCUCUAACCUGUGACUAUUCUGACACUACCGCCUGGACAUCUGAAUCGCAGGGGUUUCCAUCAUCGACACUAACAACCAUAGACGACGACGACGACACGCAUUCUACCGACUUCUCCACUGUCGGUACGGAUCAGCUACCUGCCCCUCCAUUCUUGGAUGACUCGUUUGCGGCGCAUUUCAACAAGGUCUUCUCAUCAGACAAACCGUAUAGUUUCCCGGACAUCGUCGACUUAAGGGACGAUGGUGGGACGCUACCAGGAGGAUAGUUGAAGCCACGCGUCCUCCGUUUUUAGACGUGAUUUUCCCUUUAUGUCGAGAUAACAAUUAUGGGUGUAUGUGCUGUGCUUGCAUGGGACAGGAGAAAAAGCAACGGUUUUAUAUAUGGGAGGAUUGGCUUCUGUUUCCUCCAAGGAUAUCACGAGUUAUGAAUACGGGUUAGGAUUUUCGAUAUGGGGUCUGUUUUCUUUUUUAUAUUUCAUGUCUCUUAAUAUAGGGGUAGUGGUGCGAAUAGAAUUACUUGAAAUAAGUCGUGAGGUGUAUUGUUUUGAGUAUGACAAUUGUGUUCUUUGUUAUAAAAACCACACAUGACUGAGUUAUGUUUGAGGAUACUUGGGGAUUAUCAAUAUCCGCGGCCUUCACAAGCUCGAUGCAAAUGUUUACCUAUAUUUAGUCAUUUGUUAAAUAUUAUUCCCUUCACUCUUCCGGUGGGGA